AAUGUUGUCAAGUGAAUGGGAGCUAAGUAUAGCUAUCAUAGGAGAUUCUGGAGUAGGAAAAUCAACUUUUUUAUCAAUGUUUAUAACUAAUUAAUUUGUGUAACGACAUAAUGACAAGAUUACAAUAAGUCAAAAGGAAAUUAUGAUAGGUUAGAAGGCAGUUUAAUUAAAACUUAUAGAUAUUGUAUAAUAGCUAUUUAUAUUAUAUUUUAGUCUGGAAAAGAGCCAUUUCGUUCGAUGGCAUGGGUUCAUUAUAGAACUUGUAUUGGAAUAAUUUUAAUUUUUGAUCUUUCUAGCAGAGAUAGUUAUGAGAAUCUAAAGAAAUGGUAUGAAGAAAUUUAAUAGUAUGUUGAUUAAGAGAAAAUAAUAAUUAGAUUAGUUGGUAAUAAAUGUGAUAAAUUAUUUUAUGAUGAUUUGGAUUUAGGUAAAGAGGGAGGAAAUGAUAGGUAAUGAGGAUUUUUAUUUAAUUGUAAGGCAUUAUAUAUAAUAUGAAGAAGGUGAAUAAUUUGCUGCUACUCAUUCUAUGUCGUAUUUUCAAACUUCAAGCAGUGUUUUUUCUUUAGCUUAAGAUGAGAACUAUUAGAGUAUUCCUUCUAUUUUAACUAAAUUUACUUAAGAAAUAUUAGAAUUUAUAAAAAAGAAUGAAGAAAAUGGAAAAAUUGAUGAAUUAAUGGGAAUUAGAAGUUUAAAAAAAUAAGUUGUUGUAUAAGAGGUAAAGAAAAAAAUCAAUCGAAGUUCUUGUUGUUGAAU